GCUUCACAGGUUUAUUACAUCUCGACGUUAAGCUUCCCAUUGACAGGUGAUCCGUCAGACAGAAAUGAGUUCGCUUGAGGAAGGAGACCCCAAACUGCGGGGGACCAGAGCCCCUAGCCGGAUGCAGGGCCAGGCUGCACGUAGCACCGAGGAGAGCACCCAUGAAGCUAAGAAACCCUUCCAGCAAGUGAUUGAUGUCAGCACAGGAGAUUCCCACAGGGCCGGGAUGAAGCCUGUUUCGUUUGUUCGGCAGGUUUUGGCAGCGUGUGUCUACCCGGAGCUCCUGGAUGAAAAUAACCUUCCUCUGGAUGCCAGGCAGAGGGCACAUAAGCUUCUGGGGGCCUGCACCGGAGGGAGCGUGGGCUCAUACUCUGCAACAGCCUAUGGAAUACCAUAUGUCUGUAAAAGUGUUGCGGAGUUCAUCAUGAAGCGAGAUGGUGGAGUGAGGUCAAACCCAGAAGACAUCAUCUUCGCCCCUGGCUCUACAAAGACACUGUUGAUGGUUCUGCACCUGAUGGCCAGUGGGGAAGGGGAGCACUGCACAGCUGUGUUGACCCCGAUGCCUUGCCCACACACCCUGCCCAUGCUGCUGGACAUGGCUGGAUUGAUUUUGGUGCCUUACCAGCUAAUGGAGGACAGAGGCGGGGCUGUAGAUCUGGAGGAGCUGCACCGAGCUCUGGAGACCACUAGAGGGCGCUGUUCUCCCAGAGCAAUUUACAUCAGCAACCCAGGAAACCCAACGGGUCAUGUGCAAGACAGGAAAUCAAUAGAGGACGUUAUUCGUUUUGCUGCAACUGAGGGCCUCGUCUUGUUGGCUGAUGAGGUGUACCAGGACAGCGUGUAUGGACAAGGGAAAGAGUUUCUUUCCUAUAAGAGAGUCCUGUUUGAGAUGGGCAAAGAGUACUCAGAGACAGUGGAGCUGAUUUCCUUCCACUCUUUAUCCAGCGGCUGCAUGGGAGAGUGUGGUCUUAGGGGAGGGUAUAUGGAGGCAGUUAACCUGGAUCAAGCCGUGCUGAAAUAUUUGAGAGGCUUGCAGGCCUCUUCCAGCCCUCCAGUUUUCCCACAGCUGGCUCUGGAGGUCAUGGUCAAUCCACCCAAACCUGAAGAUCCUUCCUAUAAAACCUACUCACAGGAGAUUCUUCACUCUUUGACAACCCUUUCCCAGAAUGCUCACCGUGCUUGUGAGUUCCUGAAUGAUCUACCCGGGAUGAAAUGCCAACCAGCGUGGGGGGGAGUGUUUAUUUUCCCCCGUAUGCAUUUACCACAUCAGAUGGUAGAGGAGGCCAAGGUGUUAGGAGUGAAGGCAGAUGUGCUUUACUGUCAGAUGUUACUGGAGGAGGAAGGUGUGCGUUUGGGCGCUGGCUGUGAGAACGGACAAGAAGAUCCAAACUACCAUAUCAGGUUGUGUGUUUUGGCUCCUCCCGACACCCUGGAAGAGAUGUUGGCACGCCUUCAAGCUUUCCACCUGCGCCUGCUGGAGAGGUUUCCCUGAGUCAAGGACAUGCACUCAGGGGAAAAAUACCAAAUCCUGGUUUAUUAAUAACACGUUUUUAUUACUGCUAAUUGUUGAAAAAUAAUUCUAACUUUUUUUUUAAAGCUUCAGACUAACUUACUUCAUUACUGUAUUUUGACUUGUAAAACAGAGGAUGUAAGCAGUCCACUGAUAGCUUUUGAAUAUUUCAGAUUUAUUUCACCAUUUUAAAUAAAAAAGCUGUAUGUAACUUUGUUUUAUUUUCCUGAAAUGCAUCCAAGGCAUAUUACACUGUUUUUCCAUUAAAAUCGCAACAUUAAAUUAAAAAAAAACUUUAAAAAAACUAAAUCAUACGUACACUAUAAACCAUGUGAAAAUACUCUACUCUAGGGCAUUCAAAGCUUUACUUCAGGAAAACUGAGGACGUUUCAUUAGAUGUAGUACUGUACUUGCAUUUGAGGAUUGUUGUAAUGAAAUACAAAAAUAAAAUCACAUUUGGACAGUAAA